AUGAAGGCUGGGUCGGGAUUGCGGGCGGGCGCUGCGCGGCGGCCUGACCGUGGCGGCGCGGACCAAGAGCCCGGAGCUGUUCCCUGCCGCCUCGCUGCUCGUCGUCAUCGUCGCCAGCGUCGCCACGACCGCCGCCGGGCUGUCGCCGAUCGUCGGGGCGCUUCUCGCCGGACUGUUGAUCGCGGAAACCGAAUAUCAUUCGGAGGUCGAGGUGAUGACCGCCCCUUUCAAGGGGCUGGCGCUGGGCGUGUUCCUGAUCACCGUCGGCAUGAGCACGGACCUGCGGCUGAUCGCCAAAAUUGGGACAUGCUACUGCUCGCGGUGGUCGGCGUCGUCGCAGUGAAGGCGGUGGUCACCCUAUUUGCUGUUGCGCGUCGCGCAUGCCCGGCGAGGCGUGGCGGCGGAGACCGGGUUGAUGAUGGGCCCGUCAGAGACGACGCUGAUCGUGCUGGGCACCGCCGCCCGUGCGCAGCUCAUCCUGCCUUCGACCGCCAGCUUCUGGCAGACGGUGACCGCGAUCGGCCUGACCAUCACGCCGCUGCUCGCCAAGGCCGGGCGCGUCAUUUCGCGCCGGAUCGGAAACGCGCGCAGCGGCGAUGGCCCCUGCCGCGCCAGAGUUGA